CUUGAACUCAGCUCUGGUUGAUGCUGGGCUGUCUGGGAGAGGCCAUUUCUCUCGUGGGAAUUGAGCAUCCUUUGAAGAGCAGGGCUGAAUUCGAGCCCUUCCGCCCAUGGAGAAAUCCGAAGCCUCCCACCUGGUGGACACCCAGGAGGCCUUAAAGAAGGAGAUCUGGGACCUAAGAGAGAAAGCCGUCAACCUCGACCUUGAAAACCAGGAGAUCGUGAAGGAGAUCAAGCACAUGAACGAGGAGAACAAGAGCUUGGAAGAGAAGGUCAGCUGCUUCAAAACCAUCGUGGAGGACCUGGAGAAAGAAGAGGAAGAGCUGCAGGAGAUGCUCCAAGAACGGGAAGACACAAGGGCAUCCCUGGAGGCCCAAAACCAGACCCUGGCAGAGACCAACAAGGUCCUCUGCUCCAGAAUUGAGGCGGUCUCCAACCAGCUGUUCAGGUUUCAGGAGUCCAAGGAUAGCCGGGACCAGGGAAUUUUGCGUAUCAAGCAGGUGAUGGAGCACAUCGUGGGCUACUUCAAACAGCUGGAGGCCAAAAUCGAAAUGGCCAAGCAUCAGUAUGAGGAUGAGAAGAAGCAGUCUGCCGAGCUGGCUCGGACAGUGGUGGAGCUGGAGGAGAUCUGCAAGGCGCUGGAAAACCAGGUCCUCUCGUUGGAGGAGCAGCUAGAACUGUCCUCCUUCAGCAGGUUGAAGAUGGACGCUGGCCUGGAAGGUCCUUCUCUGCUGCAAGAGAUGGUGCAGGCCAAGCUGAAGCAGGACUCCCGCGGGCUGCAAAAGUCCUUCUUCCUCCUCCUAUCCAGAGGGACAUGGGUGCUGGUGGCGAUGACGCUCGGCCUGGGAUUUUCACACUUGUUGCUCUUCCUGUUUGGCCAAGACUUGGCGGGCGGAAAUUACCUGCUGACCUUGACUGACGGCCUUAAGUGGGUGUCCAAAACCUUGUCCCCGUAUCCUGUCCGGAGGCAGAGUGGCUUGCGGCCGUUUUGAGCCAGAACGCCGUGGAAAACGGUAGAAAGGCGAGUUCAUAAGAAAGGAGCCACUCUCUUCCUAGCUCAGGGAACGGAAUGUAUCUCCUUAAUUUCAAUAAUAAUAAUAAUAAAUAUCUUUGUUCUCUGGUGCAGUUUUAUGACGUGCAUCGCUUGGGGCACAGAUGUAAUGGGAUAAUAAUAAUAAUAAUAAUAAUAAUAAUAAUAAUAAUAAUAAU